CGAGAUGAAGUUAAAGUAAGAGCUGCUCCACACAGCAAAGAAGAAGAGGCAAAGAAAGGACUGACAUCUGUCUCCUAGUUUAGACAGGAUAUGUUGAAAAUACACAGCUGGACUUUGGAAUGUUUUAUGGACUCGGAAUCAAAGGAGAUUCGUCCAAAUCCAUGUUGGACGUGGCGACUGCAUUGAAGUAACACAUUGUUGCAAAAAAAGACAUUUCUCUUUCCUCCUCUCUAAAACGCACAAAGACAACAAACAGCAACCUGGACUACUCUUUUGCAACAGGAAUGGUUUAUCCUCCUGAAGGCUUAUUCUACAUCGAAAUGGAUCAAGCACCACCAGCUCUCCCUCCCAGGUCAACAAAGCCAGUGUCCUCCACCAUGAACAACAAUAACUGCCUUUCGCCACCUACACAUACGCUACAGGAAGCUGAAUGGUACUGGGGUGACGUCACCAGGGAUGAGGUGAACGAGACGCUCCGAGACACACCUGAUGGCUCCUUUCUGGUGCGUGACGCAUCCACAAAGCUGCAGGGAGACUUUACGCUGACGUUAAGGAAAGACGGGCACAACAAGCUGAUCAAGAUUUACCACCGCGACGGAAAGUACGGCUUCUCGGACCCCCUCACGUUCACUUCGGUGGUGGAGCUCAUUUGGCACUAUCAGCAGCACCCGUUGGUGGAAUACAACGCCACGCUGGACCUAAUGCUCACCCAUCCUGUGUCCCGCUUCCAGCAGGUGAAAGAGGACAGCGUCGAUGUGGCAGGAAGAAAGCUCAAAGAGGUUCACUGUCAGUAUCAGGAGAAGUCAAAGGAGUUUGAUCGUCUUUACGAAGCUUUCACAAAGACCUCGCAGGAGAUCCAGAUGAAGCGAACGGCAAUCGAGGCCUUUAACGAGACGAUGCUGAUCUUCGAGGAGCAGUGUCGUGAGCAGGAGCGUUACGGAGAGGAGUUUGAGAUGAACAAUCAGUCCGAGGGAGCCGACAAAGAUCUGGAGAGCUUUCUGAUAAAUUAUGAGAAGCUCAAGUGUCGUCUCGGGGAGAUCUAUGACAGCAAAAUCCAUCUGGAGGAAGACUUGAGUGCGCAGGUGGAGGACUACAGAGAGACGGACAGGAAGAUUAACAGCUUGCGGCCUGACCUCAUCCAGCUGCGCAGCAUCAGAGAUCUGUACCUCAACUGGCUUAAUCACAAAGGCGUAAGGCAGAAACGCAUAAACGACUGGCUGGGGAUACUGAGCGACAGCCUCGAUGACACGUACGUGUUGAAGGGAGACGAGAAGAAUUUGCCACAUCAGGAUGAAGCAAACUGGUUUGUUGGUGAGCUGAGCCGGACGCAGGCCGAGGAGAUGCUUCAAGGUAAAGCUCCUGGAACGUUCCUGAUCCGCGAGAGCAGCAAACAGGGAUGCUAUGCCUGCUCUGUUGUCGUGAAUGAAGAAGUGAAGCAUUGUAUGAUCUAUAGCACACCGCACGGAUACGGCUUUGCUGAGCCCUACGACGCCCACUGCUCUCUGAAAGACCUUGUCCUGCACUAUCGCCUGCACUCCUUAGCGCAACACAAUGACGCCCUGGAUGUUCGGCUGUCGCAUCCAGUACACGGCAAAGCUGCAGCCACGCCUUCUCAACACGCAGAGGAACACAAACUCAUACAGACUCCUAAACACACAGCGGGGCUCCCGCCGGCCGCUCCAGAAAUGUAAUCCAACGGAAAGAGACAAAAGGACAUGUUUACUGUAUCCUGCGAGAACGACUGCAUCGAGGUGCAUUGUGUAAAGUUUUGCACUACAGUGAUUCCAUCAGUUUUUGUGAAUGGGAUUUCACAGAUUGAAGUGGGACUGGAAUUUGAAUGUCAGCUUGAACUUUUUAAUUUUUGUUUUCAAAGAGACUGUUUAAGCUUUUUUUUUUUUUUUUGUACUUCAUUUAUUGCCGUUUGUUUAAUGGACACAUUUUUGGUGUGGAUGUUGACAACCAGAAAAUUGCUCACUGACAUCAGGUGCUGCACCUUUGUUUCAACUUCAACUUCUACAACCAGAGUUGAUGUUGCUAGAGAUGUCCAUUUCUCUAGUUGAAAUGUAUUCAGUUCUGAAAAUUUGACCAAUAGUUUAGAAAUAUAUUUGGUUACUACGGAGUUAUAUUUGUGCCUCAUUCUUGAGCGUGUGAUGGCACAUUAUGAGCACUGUUUUUAUUUGCAAGCACUUCAAUUAUAUUUAGUAGAGAAAUGAUUUAUCAUGCAAAGACGAUUUAAAUUUGAGCAUGAGAAAAAGAAAAUGUGUCCUCAAAAUUAUUGACGUGUUAUCUACGUAAGCACACAAUGAGCGCACAGACAAACCCAAGAGCAUGCAGAGCAAAGAUGUUUAAAGGAAAAGUCUUUGCACACCAAGUCCGUAUUUUUCGUAUGGAUUUUUGAAAUCCGUCGUCCGACAAAAAUCGUUACUCGCAGAAACCUUGAGUCCGAUGAGUUAUAUUUUUCCCUUCGUUGCAAAAAUUCGCAAAACAAGACAAAAUUGAAUGGAUUAUGUGGGUGCGAUGGAUAUCGCUAGUCCUAAAUGGGGCUAAUAAAUGAAUGACAUUAGCAAGAAGCUAUCGUUUGGCUGCCUAGAGCACAAUCACUACCGUCUAAUAUUUCAUACAUCCUUUGUUUUGCGACCAUCCCUGAUUCCAAGCUGUUCUGCAAUCACUUGCUUUAAAUUCUGCAUCUCUGUAUUCUUUUAUUUCUUUAUCGUAAAAUGCUCUCUGCUAGGAGACAAAGUGAAUCAGUUUAUCAGAUGCCAUUUUGGAUGAUGACGUUUGCACGGACGUUGGCUCUGAGUGGUCAAACAACCCUCUUUUGACGAAUGCAAAAAACACAGAUAAUCGAACCUGUUCCAAAAACUUUAAUGACGGGCGAAAGUGUCACAGUUGCUGUGUUAACGUGAUUGACACAACGUGAGGUUGCAUUUAUUUUAAAAUGUGCGACAGUUUCGGACGAAAAAUACAGACUUGAUGUGCAAAGGCCUUAAGAGAAACACUGAACUAUAGUGUCCAAUCCCACAGAGCACUUAGAGGGGGAAUGAGUAAAACUGAGGUGCAGUCGUGGAUAAUAGGAAACACUAACAAGCGUACAGAGCGCAAAAUUGUUUGCUCAAAUUAAAUAAUUCUUUACGUGACAAUAAUUUCUCUAUAAAAUAUAAUUCACGUGAUUAUAAAAUACCUUUUUCCGUGCUCAAAAUGUCCCGUUGCGUGCUCAGGAGUGAGAAAUGCGUUACUACUACUUAGUGCAUUUGUGCGGGGGGGAAAAUGGUGCUGUAAACAGGCUGUUUCCGUCAUACUGGUUUGGUGGACCAAACCAUUUUUGGGUAAAUGCCACGUGUGAAUAUGUGAAAAGUCGUGGUGCAUCUUGACAAUUUGCCCCUUUCUUAACCGACAUUCAUAUACAGUGGAUAAUUAUGUAGCAUUAACAUCCUGUAGAAUACCAUUGUAAGAGCAUACUCAAUGUUAUACCCAUUGACCAAAGCACUUAAUAGUGAGCAAAACUACAUCCCUGUUCAGUCCGGUAAUUGCAUUUGGGCAAAUGGGGAGGGCAAUUUAUGUACACCUGCUGAUGUGCUGAUCAAAACAUAAUCUGAAGUACUGUAUGUUAUAUUCUGUUACUCAAAGAAGUAUAAGCUUUUUGUAUUCUAUAUAUAUUUUUUCUAUAAACAUGCCACAAGAUGAAAGCUUGAAGAAAGUGCAAUCCAACAGUAUUUCUAUUGUUGCAAUGUAUGACGAUGAUGAUGGUGGGUGAAGGUAAUGCUGUUAUGAGAGGUUGACAUUUGCCACAAAAAUGCACUCUCUUUGGUGGUGUCGGUAUGAUGUGGCCUCCGAUGUUUGUGUGAACUGCCAGAGGUCCGGAAGUAUCCUGCCUCCAUUACUUGAACUGUGGCAUUGCUCGAGCUAUGAAUGUUUUUUCAUGACAUGCAGCCUACAUAGCUUAAGAGGAAAGGAAUCCAUGUUGAACUUGGCACAUUUUUCAAGUUUGAGGACAAUAGAUACUCUGUACAGAGAAACUGUAAAAUGUAUUUCUGAGGUUGGUUUAUGGAAGGAGGGUGAUUAAGCCUCUUAUAAAAAUAUAACUCCACUGGGGGAUAGAGGAAACUCCUCGGGUGAAGCUAAGCAAUGUGAGAUCCUGACCUUUUUCUUGCUGAAAGACAAUAAACUGAUGAGGGUUUUGUCAACUUA